AUGUACUUUGAGCUUAUUCCAGUUUCGCUUCAGGAACUUCAACAAGCUAUGAAAGACGCCACGCUCAUGGCACAGGAGAUUCGAGAGAAGACUGAAAGGCUUCGAGAUCGGGUGACCAUCGUGAAAGCUGGAGAUGUGUGCGCUAAAUGUGAGCGUUCAUUGAUUGGAAGGCCUUUCCAUGCUCACCAUUGCCGGCAUUUCUUUCAUCGAGAGUGUCUGGAGGAAGAGAUGAUGCCAUUUUUGAGCGAGGAAUUGAAAGCCCGUCUUAGUGACCUUGAGGCAACCGAGAAACGGUUAUUUGCGCAACUUCAAGCUGCUGAUCGAGUUCCCACAGCAACCGACAAGUUCACCGAUGAGCGAAAAGCACGCUUUAUGAAAGUCACAUGCGAAAUCAAUGAAAUAAUUGGUACUCAAUGCCCUCUAUGUGGUUUGACUGCUAUCGAGCUGAUCGAUAAGCCUUUCUUCACGGAGGAGCAGUUUGAAGCUGAUCAUGAGUCUUGGGAGAUCUAG